CGCCGGGUGGAGGCGUCGGGUGGUCACGUGACUGUCGAUGAAGUUGGUCGUCACAUGGUCAACGGUAGACUGGCGAUGACUAGAAGUAUCGGAGAUCUCCAUCUCAAACGGUCCGGGGUUACCGCUUUUUCCCGACACCAGGUCACUGGAGGUUACUUUGCUCAGGUGAAGCACGGCCGGGACGCCUUUCUAGUGCUCACCUCAGACGGAAUAAAUCACGUGAUGAGCGACCAGGAGAUAUGUGACGUCAUCAGGGGCAGCCGCAGCCCGCCAGAGGGAGCCGCACAGCUGACUGAUCAGGCCCUCUCUUACUCUGCCGACGACAACAUAUCCUGCGUGGUAGUACCGUUCGGUUCGUGGGGAAAGUUCACCGACGAUGCCAGCAUCUUCAUCAACUUUGGCAAGACCAUGUCGACCAGCAGCCGCUUCAGCUGAGAGAGCUGACUGGGAGUUCGUGGAGUUUGUUACUUGGAGGGCUCUGUCGACUUCACUGCCGCCUGGAGCGUGGCGUCGACUCUUGAUAUACAGAUAUGACGGCAAACUUCGCACCACUUUGGACUCCGCAGAAAUAGUCUCUACCGUGAGUGUCAAACCGCAUCUUUAGCCUCUACGCAGCCUUAGAUAUUAGCCUUACUACCAGUGACUCUCUUCAUAGCCUCUACGCAGUCUCAACCGCCCGCACUUCUUGUAGCCUCUGCGCAGUCUUCGACGGUAUUGAACUGCCAAAUUCUGUUGUUGUAGCCUCUGCUUGGGGUGUUGUUAUGUCUCACGAUGGAGCCACGGUCUUAUUGUUUGUUUUGUGAUAUAACUAUGUCAGGUCUGUAAGUGGAUAUGUAAGAAGAAGGGAAAGGAGAGAGUGAUUUAACGGUCGUCAAAACCUGCUCCUGACACAGUAGAGUAUGCUGGACGUCUUUUGGUCUAAGAUGGUAUGCACUUUAUUAUUUCUUUAUUGAUACAGCCUAUGCUAAGAGCUGAAUGCUCUUUGUUAUUUGUGUGAAGUGCGCCAAACUUGAGAGCUUAUUGCAAACUUAUAUCUGUCAAACAACUUGUAACGUUCAACAUUCACAAAUGAAGCCAAUCAGUAUAAUACGGACAAAUUUAUCGGGGAAAAAUAAUAUUCAUCAUUAAAAAGCGCAUACUGCUUAGACAGAUAAAUAUUUUGUUGGAUAUAUUAGAACCACAACGUGUACGUAUUUUGAAGAAAAUGUCUGAUAUUAUUCUGCUGAUUUGUGGAUAGAAAAACAGGACAUUAGAUCGUGGCUUCCAGCAAACUUGCGAGCAAGAGUUUUGUCAGAGCCAUUCAUAAAUAGAUGUUUUGUGGCGUCGGCGAGUGCAAUUACCUACUGAGAAAGCGAACAUGGAACGCAAGCUGUAUAGCUAGUCUAAGUUUACGUUAAUGUUGUGUCUUUCUUCAUAUUUCAUUAUUGUGCAAUACCUUUGACAGUUUGUGAACCCGUGUUGCUUUUUGGACCGGACGGAUGAUAUUGCUCUAUGUGAACGCAGACGAUAAUUUAGUUCAAUAGGGCACAUUCGUGCCUGUAAUAUUUGCAGGCUACGUAGUUCGUACUAUAGCAAAUGUCUUAGUGAUAUGCUAGAAUACCUGUGCAUUGUUUUGUAGGGUUAAAUCAAGUCAUGGCCAUAUAUAGAAUCAGGGCAAGGAAUGGUAAAGCCAGGGAAAGUCAGAAUUCAGGAAAAUUCAGGAUUGAGGUAGGUAAUCAAGAGUCAACACUCAGGAGGGGUUUCAGGAUUUCUACAGCCUCAAGGAACAAGAGGGAUUUGGAAUCAUAAAUCAAAAGAUUAGCAUUCGUACCAUAUAUGUGGUAAAUACAAGCGUUUAUGAAGUGUUUGGUAACGUAAAACGGCUGGAUUGAAUGACAUUAUGUCACACGCUGAACGUCUUAUUGCCAUUUGCAGGUGCCAGUGUUAUGCUAUGAGAGUUCGUGACGUCAUAUGUCUGACGUCACACAUAAGUGUAAGCGAAACGCCAUGCUAAUGCUCAGCUAUCGGUGGCUUCACUGUGUUGAUGUGUCCUUGACCGUGACGCUAGAGUUAUAACGAUACAGCACCCCAUAGUGAUAAUAAGUCCGCUACUGCUAUAGUUGACGGGUGAAUGGUGCUGUUUUUGUCAGAGCAGGGUCAUAUGCGCUGUGCGUACGAUCACGGGAUGUGUACCCGUAUGGUUUUAUUUUGUAUAUGAUCCGAACGCUUUAUGUGAAUAUACGCACUCGCCCU